GGGGUUCCUCACACAUCUCAAUAAUAGGCACCAUCUCGACCUGACUCACCACUCACUCUUACAUUGGGGCGAGCAAUCUAGGUUCUGGAUGUUGACACUUUGAGUUCAAGAUCCCACGAAGUCUGCUUUUUGCUAAACGAAAAUGCGGACCACUCUCGUUACACAAAUCACGCUGGCUACGUUGGGCCUAUGGGCUUCUCAAACUCUGGCUGCGGACACAUUGAGUACUAAUGGGUUAUCAACGUGUCUGACAGACUCAGCCAUUCAAGUCACUAGUCUAGACGUCACCUACACCAAAUCAACAAACGAACUCGUUUACAACGUCGGCGGUACUAACUCGAAAGAACAAAAUGUGACCGGCUCCAUCACAAUCUAUGCAUACGGCAAUGAACUCUACUCCAAAACCUUCGACCCAUGCGGCACCGAGUAUUACACGGCUGCCCUUUGCCCGGUGCCGGCCGGCAGCUUUGAAGCUCAGGGACAAAUGCAGGUUCCCGAUUCCAUCGCCAGUGAGAUACCUUCGAUUGCCUUCGCCAUUCCUGACCUCGAUGGCCAAGUGAAAUUAGAGUUGCUGUCGAAAAAUAACAAUGAUGAUGAGCUCGCUUGCGUUCAAACACAAUUGAGUAACGGCAAGACGAUGCAAAUUGCAGGUGUGUCUUAUGCUGCUGCUGGCGUGGCAGGAGCGGCUCUGGCUGUAAGUGGGCUGUCUGCUCUAGGUGCUGCUGGCCACCCUGGAGCUUCGACAUCCAGUCCUUCUUUCGGCGAUGUCAUGACUUGGUUUCACACAAUGGCUACAAACGGCAUGCUUAGCGUCAGUUACCCUACGGUUUACCGCAGCUUUGCCAAGAAUUUCGCCUUCAGCACAGGCCUUAUCCCUUGGGGCCAAAUGCAGGAGUCUAUUGAUAGCUUCCGCCGAGUGACAGGUGGUAAUCUUACGGAAAACAGCUACGCAUAUCUCAUGAACGCAACUUUGGUUUAUUCGAGUGGCUCCUCAUCAGAUUCAAGCACCAAGUCGAAGCGCGCGUACGACUGGGUAGUUAGCGCUGCCAACCUCGUCUCGCGCGAGCUCACUACUUCCAAUUCCACUACCACCAACAGUACCAGCGAUAGUACGAGCAGCGGCAGUGGUUUACAGCAUGUGGUUUCAGGGAUAGAGGCCUAUGCAGAGCAAUUGACUGUGCCUCAAGGGAAUACCUUCAUGACCGUGCUGCUAAUAUUUGCUAUCCUCGUCGCCGCUAUCACCGUGGGCAUUCUACUUCUCAAGGUCAUUCUCGAGGUAUGGGCUUUGUAUGGGUCUUUCCCUCAAAAGCUUUCCAGCUUUCGCAAGGACUAUUGGGGUCUCCUUGGGCGAACAAUCACCAACUUGAUCUUGAUCCUGUAUGGAAUUUGGGUCAUCUGGUGUGUAUACCAACUUAGCAGCGGAGAUUCUUGGGCUGCAAAAAUUCUGGCUGCUGUUGCUCUGGUUGUAUUCACCGCUGUGCUCCUUUACUUCGGCAUUCGCAUUGCGUAUUUGGCACGGAAGUUCAAAAAGUCCGAAGGUGAUGCAUCUCGCUUGUACGACGAUGGCGAGACCUGGCGCAAGUACAGUCUCUUCUACGAUAACUACAAGAAGGAUUACUGGUGGAUUUUCGUGCCCGCAAUUGUGUACAUGUUUGCUAAGGGUUGUAUCAUCGCGGCUGGAAAUGGUCAUGGCCUUGCACAAAGUGCUGGUCAGCUUAUUGUUGAAGCGCUUAUGUUAGCCAUGCUGCUGUGGAAUCGACCGUACGUGGUCAAGUCAAGCCAAUGGAUCAACACAAGUGUACAACUUGUACGUGUUUUGUCUGUUGUUCUUGUUCUGGUUUUUGUGGACGAGCUCGGUCUUUCGGAGACAACGAAAACGAUCACUGGCAUUGUUCUCAUUGCGGUUCAGGCUGGCUUCACGGGUAUCUUAGCUAUUUUGAUUUGCGUCAACGCCAUACUCCUCUGCUGUCGUGAGAACCCUCAUGCCAAACGGAGAAGAGAAGCCGACAAGAUGAAUCGCGACAUGGAUGACCUCACUCCCUUGGACGCUCGCGAAUCUCUUCUCAUGGACAAUCCUCCUCGUAAAGACUAUGCCGAGAUGAGCAAAUUCAACUUUACCGGUCCCUAUGAACCUUACCGUGACCAGUUCGAUCACAAAGGACGACAGAGUCCCACUGGCAGCAUGGACCGCUUAGUCGAUUCGGGCUAUCACCUUGACGAGCGACCCGAUCGAGCAGUGAGCCGGGAGAGUCGACGGAGCCGUGACAGCCAUGAUGCUCCUGAAAACCAUCAUGCUACUACCCCUGGCUAUGGUUUUGCUUAUUGAGCCUCUGCCAAAGGUGGAUCUGGGAUCACGAUUGUUACCAUAUUUUUUUCUCCAGGUGUA